CGAGGCCUCCCCUGCCCUCGGCGCCCCCGCCUGCCUGCCAUGUCGAGCGAGGAGAGCUACCUGGCCAUCCUGCGCUACCUGACCAACGAGCGCGAGCCCUACGCGCCGGGCACCGAAGGCAACGCCAAGCGCAAGAUCCGCAAGGCCGCCGCCUGCUACGUGGUGCGCGGCGGCAUCCUCUACUACCAGCGCCGGCAGCGGGACCAGCAGCGCUUCGCCGAGCUCGAGGUGGUGCUGCAGGCCGAUCGCCGCGCCCGCCUCAUCCGGGCCGCGCACCUGGAAGCCGACGGCACCCACCGGACCCGCCUGCAGACAUGGCAGCGCCUCUCCAGACGCUACUGGUGGCGAGGUAUUCUAAAGCAAGUCAAAGAUUACAUUAAAGAAUGUAGCAAGUGCCAAGAAAAAUUGGAUCGUUCCAGAUCGUUAUCAGAUCCUUCUGAAAUGCUGGAAGAACUUGGAUUAGACACAGCUCUGCAUGAAGACAGUAAUGAAACAGAUGAUGAAUUAAGUAAUUCUGCAUCACUUCCAGCUGCAUCACCCAAGCCUGUGAAAAAGAAGCCAAUAGCCAAACAUGAGCUUGUAUUUGUUGAUAGUAAAGGUCUUGUGAAACAGUCUUCUUCAAAGCAUUGUCAAUCAGUCUUGAAUCAACUGAAUCAACAACGGCUUUCCAAUCAAUUCUGUGAUGUUACUUUGCUCAUUGAAGGAGAAGUAUACAAAGCACACAAAUCUGUUUUGGCAGCUAAUAGUGAGUACUUCAGAGAACUCUUUAUCGAAAAAGGAGCUGUUUCCAGUCAUGAAGCUGUAGUGGAUCUUUCAGGGUUUUGCAAGGCCAGCUUCCUGCCUUUACUGGAAUUUGCUUAUACCUCAGAGUUGACUUUUGAUUUCUGUAACAUGGCAGAAGUAGCAGUGCUGGCGCGACAUCUCUUCAUGACAGAAGUCCUAGAAAUCUGUGAAAAUGUGCACAAACAAAUGGAAGAUAAACAAAUCACGGUGUACCAGAAAGGGGAUGUUCAGGUAGUUGAGGUAGCACAGAAUCUUUUAGAGUCAACUGAAAAUGGGGCUAACCCUGCAGAUGGGACAGAGCAGCCUUCAUCCACAGAAGAUGCCGUUGCAACUGUGAAUGGAGCAUAUUCAGGCACUGAAGUGGAAGAGCUGACUGAGUCAGAGGCUGUCCUGCAAACUGUGCCAGAACCGUCUUUGGACAACCCUCCAAAACCUGAGGUGCAUUCUACUGAUACAGAAGCAGCUGAAAGCGAUGAAAAAGCCCCGACAGAGGAAGUCAUCACAGAACAAAGUGUAUCUGUGGAGCAGUCUGAGCCUUCAACAGCAGAGCAAGAAGUCAUCAGCACUCCAACAGAAAGUGAGGCUGAUAAAAAUGUAAGCAGUGAACAGAAUAUAAGCAAUGAAUUAACUUCAGAUGCUGCUGCUGAGGAUUCCCAGGAAGGACUUAAGCGAAAACGUGGUAGGCCAUGUAAAACGCAGAGCAUUCUUCUGUCUCAGUCAGAGACCUCUGUUUCCAGUCAAGAUGACACUUACAAAAGCAAGCUUCGCCAACGGUCUGUUAGUGAAGGUGGCUAUAUCAAAUUGCACAAGGGCAUUGAGAAGAAACUACAGAAUAGAAAGUCAGCCACCAAAUCAGCCAUCCAACAGGUUGCCAUGAAGCUAGUGCAAAGAGGCAAAAAGAUGAAGCAGCCCAAGAGAGAUAUUACAGAGCACAAUGAGGCAGAAGCACAGCACAAAUGCAAUGAAUGUGGAAUGAUUUUUCAGAGGCGUUAUGCCCUUAUAAUGCACACAUUGAAACAUGAAAGGACGAAAAAUUAUAAAUGUCCACUAUGUAAAAAAGAGUUCCAGUAUGGUGCCUCAUUACGAGCUCACCUUGUCCGUCAUACUCGAAAAAACGAAGUGACUGUUGCAACUGCUAGUAUUGAAGAGAGUGGUGCAGCUGCGAAGGGCAGAACUAAACGGGAGUUUAUAUGUGAUAUAUGUGGAAGAAGUUUGCCAAAACUCUAUUCCUUGAGAAUUCAUAUGCUAAAACAUACAGGUGUAAAGCCACAUGCAUGUAAGAUUUGUGGUAAGUCAUUCACCUACAAGCAUGGUUUAAAGAUGCAUCUUGCACUCCAUGAGGCGCAGAAGCAGUUUAAAUGUGAAUUGUGUGACAAGUCUUUUGUUACAAAACGAAGCCUGCAGGAACAUGUGAGCAUUCACACAGGAGAAUCAAAAUACUUUUGUUCACACUGUGGAAAAUCUUUUCAUAGAGCUUCAGGACUUAGUAAGCAUAUAAAGAAGCACCAACCCAAACCUGAAAUCCGUGGAUAUCAGUGUACUCAAUGUGAGAAAAGUUUCUAUGAACCUCGGGAUCUCCGACAGCAUAUGAAUAAGCAUCUUGGGGUGAAACCAUUCCAGUGUGAAUUUUGUGGGAAGUGCUACAGCUGGAAGAAAGAUUGGUAUUCCCAUGUGAAGUCACAUUCUGUUACAGAUCCUUACAAGUGCAAUGUGUGUGGCAAAGAAUUCUACGAGAAAGCUUUGUACAGAAGGCAUGUCAAGAAAGCUACUCAUGGGAAGAAAGGGAGAGCAAAACAGAACUUGGAACGUAUUUGUGAACACUGUGGGAGGAAAUUCACUCAACUUCGGGAGUAUAGAAGACACAUGAAUAACCAUGAGGGAGUUAAGCCCUUUGAAUGUUUGACCUGUGGAGUUGCCUGGGCUGAUGCACGUUCUUUAAAGCGCCAUGUGAGGUCACAUACUGGAGAGCGGCCUUAUGUUUGUCCAGUGUGCAACGAAGCCUACAUAGAUGCUCGUACCUUGAGGAAGCAUAUGACCAAGUUCCAUCGAGAUUAUGUACCUUGUAAAAUUAUGCUGGAAAAGGACACACUUCAAUUUCAUAACCAGGGGACCCAAGUGGAACAUGCCAUCAGUAUUUUAACAUCUGAUGCAGCAGAACAAGAAACAGAGAUGUGUGGUGAAGAGAUUGAGACAGUUGUAGUAACUGAAGAAACUCUUGAAGCUGUUGCAGCUACUGAAGAGUGUACAACAGUUUCUACUCUUUCUGACCAAAGUAUCAUGCAGGUAGUCAAUUACGUAUUGGCACAACAGCAAGGACAGAAAAUGGCUGAGGUUACAGAAGCUAUUCAGACUGUAGAAGUAGAGGUAGAACAUGUUUCUGAUCAAGACUGAACACAAAUGCUGUUUGAUGCAGAAGAGGAUGACCUGAAUGGAACAGCAUGAAGCUAUCAAAUUAUUACCAGUCAGAAUGAUUGGACUUGUAUAGUAAUGUCGUAGUACCGGAACCGUGUUCUGAGUUUGUUUGUAUAAUACCAACUUCUGUAAUUAAAAGAAAUAUUGGAGACCUUCAGCGUAAACCAUGGUCUUAUACUAAGAUUACUGCAUCCAUUGUAAUCACUUCAUUUAAAAAGUAAUCUUAAAAAUAAAGUCUUCUAAGUGACAGUGGUAGGUAUGCUGUAGUCUUUUUUUCUCUCUGCAGAUAGACUAUAUAUAUAUAUAUAUAUAGUCAGAGUAAUUCUUUUUGUGUUAUCAUAAAAAAAAAAAGAUAACCAGAUUUACUCAUAAGGCAUACUGAAGACUAGGAUAGGGCUGUGCACUUGGAGCUAAUUAUGAAUAAUUUGUUGACACAUAUGAAUAUUGUGGUCACAGGUAUGAUUGUGUGCAGUAGUCAGUCUACCAUGCUUAUUUGUUCAUAUAUCUCUGCACAGCUGUUUUUGUACUCAAGUCUAACAUACACAAAUGGUGGAAAGCUAUGAUUUCUUGUACUGAGGGUUUCUUAUGGAAAUGAAGUUGCAAUCAGGUGUGAUUUUUUCAAAGCACACUGUGGCAGGGAGUCUCACUGGGAAACUAAUAUAAACGAAUGUGUAAAUCCCUGCACUUACUUUUUUUUUUGCGUAACCUAAGUCCUAAGGUUGCAGUGUUUGAGACAAGUAAAACAUGUUUGUACAUUUUAUUUAUAUUAACUUUUUGUAAAAUUAUGCUGUAUUUAAAAAGAAAUAUAAAUCAAAAAGACUAAAGAACAAAA